AUGAUCUAUGCCCAACCUUCCGAACAACUCGCAGGAAUCCCUCGGAUCGUGUUGAAACAUACUUCAGUAAUGGAUCGACUUCACAAAAAGAAUAGAAUAUUGGAGACGCAAACAUGCCUCGACAACACCAUGCUUCAGUUAUUCAUGGAGACACAGACAACCAUCGUAGAUGCUCUCCUGGCUACAGACACGGAGAUAACUACACAGUUACAAGAAAAUAUGAAAAGAGGAAUGACGGGAGUUAUCGAAAUUACUAAAUCAAUUGCAGAAGAACAACGUACUUAG